UACUUUUGGGUUCUGAUUUUCAUCCUCUUAUUGUGAUUGUUUUGUUUUUUUCUUCCGGUGAUUAAAUAAUUGUUAAUAUUUAAUUAUGUCGUCUACCAUUUUACGAAAUGCUCCAAGGUUAAUCCAAACUUUGAGUAAAAAUAAUCAAAUUCAACGGUUUGGGUUGAAAAACCGUAAAAUUUCUGCUGUUCCAACUCGUGAGAUUUUGGUUAACUAUCCAGAAACCAGAGUCACCGAAUUGUCUAAUGGUAUUAGGGUAGCAACUGAAAAUUCUGGCCUCAAAACUGCCACCAUUGGUGUUUGGAUUGAUGCUGGAUCAAGAUAUGAAACACCGGAGACUAAUGGAGUUGCCCAUUACCUUGAACAUAUGGCCUUUAAGGGCACAAAUAAACGUAGUCAAACCAAUUUAGAAUUGGAAGUUGAAAAUAUGGGAGCUCAUCUUAAUGCUUACACAUCUAGGGAGCAGACUGUCUAUUAUGCCAAAUGUUUAUCUAAAGAUGCUCCUCAUGCUCUUGAAAUUAUUUCAAAUUAUUAUUGACCAAUUCGAUUCAAGAAAACGAUUCUAAAAAAAAGGAAUCGAGGAAGAUCCAGAAUCAGAUUCAAAUUCUGCUUGGGAUGAUAAUUGUUUCGAAGAAUAAAUAUUCUUCAAUAUUUUGAUUCAAAAAAGUUUGAUUUCAUUUUUCAAAAUUAAUUAAUUAAAUUAAUUUAAAAUAAAACUGAUUCUUUGAAUCGCAAA